AUAGCCAGCUUGAUGGCGGAUUGACAAGUGAGCCUAUGAGCUGUUUGUAAUUCGAACUCAGAAACAGUGAAAAUCCAAAUUAGCAUAAAUUUUGAAUUCUCCGAAACAGAGAUUUAUAGAUCGAGUCUGCGAAGAAGAAGAAGAAGAAUGGAGGGCGGCGAGGCGCUGAGAACAACCUGGAGAAGCUUCAAGCGGCGGAUGCAAUUCGGCGGGAUCGCCUGCUGCGGAUCCCCGAGGAGCCUGAGAGUUCCGGGCUCGACGAUCAGCGAUGAAGAGGCCCAAUUGAAAGACCCGGCCCAGAUCGAGCUGACGGAGGAAGACGACCGGGAGGAGGAGAUGCAGCGAGGCCGGUUCAAUCUGGCCAUGGCCCUCGCCGCCGAGCGCGAUUCGCGGAGGGCGGCCGGAGCCGCCCAGAUGAAGACGCUCGUGAGGUUAUUCGAGGAGGCGGAUGGCCGGGAGGGGAACAGCGCGGGCUCCGCCGCGAGGGACAGCGCGGGCUCCGCCGCGAGGGACGGCGGAGGAGGAGGAGGCGUUGGCGGGCCGUGCGGCGUGUGCGGGGAGAGGAAUCGGGGCGCGGCUUUGAUUCCCUGUGGGCACACCUACUGUAGGGCGUGUUCCCGAGAGUUUUGGUCAAACGGAGGGUCGUGCCCGUCAUGCAACCGUCCGAUUCGGGACAUCCUCCCUAUUUUUUGAUUUUAUUAAUGGCCAUUUAAUUUUUGCAUUAUUUCUUUUAAUUUUUAAUUAGAAGAAUUAAACCAUUUCAAUUAUGUUGUUCUGACCCGUGGACAUUUUCAUUGAAGUUUGAGUUAUUUACGGAGUAACUAGCAUUUCACCCGUGCGUUGCACGGGAAUAAAUUAUUUCUAUAAUU